CGUCAGAGGGGGACGCUGUUGCGGUGGCUGUCCAGCAGAGCACAGCCCACUAUGGACCGGGUUACCUCCACCUCGGAGAGCACCGUUUAGCUUGUUUGUAGGCUGGAGGAACGCGUGGCAUACCGACGGCUAUGUGUUGUUGAACAGGCACGUUGAUUAGUGUCUUUGGUCGGUCCGGCUUCAGUGCUAGCUGGCUAGGUGGCUAACCCCGGGUGCUAGCGUCUGGACAUGCUAACCUUAGCUAGCUUUAGCAUGCUAGUACAUUAACGUCCCAUUGGUCUGUGAAGAAGACUGCAGUCGUGGAUGAAAUGAGUCAAAAUAACACAAGACAUCGAGCAUCAUAGCCGUCUGUUACUGCAGGUACGUAGAGUUCUGUGUUGCAAUGAGGAACACCAGGGUUCAGCUCUGAGAGCUCAGAGGCAUGAACUCCGUUUCCCCCAGCGCGGUACAGUACGUAGGGGGAGUGAUGCAGGACGAGCUGGUGGAGAGCCGGAGGCAGCAGCCCCUGGAGCGGCAGGGCAGCUUUGGUCUCAGGCCAGCACCGACUCCAGAUCCCAGCAGAGAGGCCACCGGAGAGCCUGACGAGAUGGACAAACUGAAAGCCAAACUGAUGUCGGCAUGGAACAACGUCAAAUAUGGUUGGACUGUUAAGUCCAAAACCUCCUUCAACAAGAUAUCGCCGGUCACUGUCCUGGGACACUCCUAUCUGCUCAACAGUGAAGAUGAGGUGGAGCGGUUUCGUUCGGCUUUUGUGUCCAGGAUUUGGCUGACCUACAGGAGGGAGUUCCCUCAGCUGGAGGGCUCCACCUGGACCACAGACUGCGGCUGGGGCUGUAUGCUGCGCAGCGGGCAGAUGCUGCUGGCUCAGGGGCUCCUGGUCCAUCUGAUGCCAAGAGAUUGGACUUGGCCAGAUGUUCAGCAGCUAACUGAAGUGGACUUUGAGGUGUUCCGACCGCGUUCCCCAGCCCGGGCUGGAGGAGUCCCCAUCCCCUCCUUUGGCUCUCCACGAGGGUCCAACACCCCCGAAAAGUCCCUGACGAGUGAUCCGGCACCCAAAUGCAGCCAGAGGAAGAGACCGGAGUGUGUGCGGGACAGGCAGGCGGAGCCCAUCCACCACAAGCUGCUCACCUGGUUCGGGGAUCAGCCCCCAGCGCCUUUUGGGCUUCACCAGCUGGUGGAAAUUGGCAAAAGUUCAGGGAAGAAGGCUGGUGACUGGUAUGGCCCCUCUAUAGUGGCACACAUUGUAAGGAAAGCGGUAGCCAAAACCUCUGUUCUCCACAACCUGGCUGUAUAUGUGGCUCAGGAUUGUACAGUGUACAAAGAGGACGUGGUGAAUCUAUGUGACCUGUCACUAAGCCAGACUCCCCCUGAUCCGUCCAGCCAGGCCUGGAAGUCCGUCAUCAUACUGGUGCCUGUUCGGCUGGGAGGGGAGGCCCUCAACCCGUCCUACAUCGAAUGUGUCAAGAACAUCCUCAAGCUGGAUUGUUGUAUUGGAAUCAUCGGAGGCAAACCGAAGCACUCACUUUACUUCAUUGGCUUCCAAGACGAGCAGCUGCUGUAUCUGGACCCUCACUACUGCCAGCCUGUGGUGGAUGUCUCUCAGGUCAACUUCUCACUGGAGUCGUUCCACUGUAGCUCUCCCAAGAAGAUGCCCUUCAACCGCAUGGAUCCCAGCUGCACCAUCGGCUUUUAUGCCAAGAACAAGAAGGACUUUGAGUCUCUCUGUUCUGCUGUUAGUGUGGCCCUGUCGUCAUCGAAGGAGAAGUACCCCAUCUUUACCUUCGUAGAGGGCCAGGGUCAGGAUUAUGGACUUGAGGGUCACAGCAGCAACCUCAGUGGACCUGCAGCCCACAUCCUGCCCCCCGGCAACCUGAGCAGGAGUAACAACAGGAGAAACAGUGAUGAGUUCGUCUUCCUGUGAGGCACCGAGGAGGAUGCUCUGCUAGCUCUCACCUGUAGGGGGCAGAAGAGGACACCUCAUUUCCUUUUGAAAGGGAAGGACUUGAUUCUGUCGAUGGUGCGACUGCAAGGUGGACUUGACGCUCUUUGUGCUUUAUCGCCCUCGCAGAUCAACGGAAAUAAAAACUGUGUGGCUUCUGUUAUCACCCUUUUUGUGUGGAUGGGUAUUAUAAGCUAACUUAAGGGGUACUCUCUGGAGCUUUAUUUUACUGGGCAAAGGCAGGAUUACAAAUUGGUUCAUUGUUGGAAAUGUUCCAACUACUUGAAGUGUUCUUGAUUCACUUCAUAAGACACCCAAACGCCUCAAAGUCAAGCAUAUAAGAGCAAAAUCAAGCACUUAGUGUUUUCAUCCAGGUCUGAACUGGACUGGGAGGUGAUGUUUAGUCCUCAUGAUGUUUGAUUAGCUUACUGGUCAGUUAGGAGGUGGGGGUGGUUCCUGAUAAUGUUCUGGACUUGUAUGAUAUACCAUCUGCUGAACAUCUCCUUUUUGUUUUUUAAUUCUUUGAAUUUAUUUAUCGGGUUAAUGAAUAUGUUUUUGCGUGUGUGCAUGUGUUGAGUAAGUGUAGUUUAUCUGUUUGUCUUAAAUAAGUGUACUGACAUCUUUAGGAGUCUGACAUGUUGAGUUUCACGGAGGUUUCAAAUUCUUCCAAGAGAGUCUUGAGCAGAUGUAAAUUCAUUCUAGAGUUACAGUCUGGCCUGAUCAGGGCCUUGGUCUCCUACGUGCUUUGGUGCUCCAUUAUUGAUCAUUAAGAAUAGGAAACACUCCCGGGAAUCUGCUCUGAAGAGUUACUCAAGCUCCCAGGUCGGGGGUGAAGAGUGAAUGGUCCCUUCAGUUGGAGAUGGAUGUGUGUCUUUACCUGGUAAACUGUGGCUUGUCCCAUGAAACAUUUUUUAAUGGGAGUUUAUGUUGCAAUGUCAUUUGUGUUUAGUUUGUCCCUUUUCUACGUGAAGGCUACUACUGCAGGUUGCACUACUACUGUUUGUUUUAUUGUCCUGAUUAAACUUCAAACACUGGAAUAACAUUUUACUUGCAUUGCACUCUCCAUAAAUGAGCAGAUUUUAAGAGAUGCACUGUUUUGUUCUAAACUGAUCACUGCAGAAAAUGCACUGACUGUUUACUCUGAAACAAAAUGCAAUGUUUGUCUUCAGAAUGUAAUUCCUUCAGUGUCUUUGUUUUGCAGUUCACUCCUGUUGUAAAUUGCAUCGUACUGGAAACUGGUCUUCCACCAUUCAGCUUUUGAAGCUCACCUGUCCUGUGAUCUGGUAUAAUAUUAUAUCCUAUUUUUCAGUGAUGACCAUCUGACAUUUUGUUAUUAUUCACAGUGGAGAGUGUGUGUGUGUGUGUGUGUGUGAUAGCCAUCCUUAACCCAAAGGUGCUGUUGUAAAUUACAUUUGUUUGUUUAAGUUUUUGUUCCUCAAAAUGCACUGGCAAAUAAUUGGCAUUAAAUGAUGUAUGCACCUAUUUUCAAGUACAAACAAUUACACCAAUUUCAAAGACUUAAUUCUAAUGUAAUGCAAUAAUGUUAGUGUGAGAGCAAAUCUGCUGUGUACAAUAAAUGAUACACGGAGGAUGCAGUAACACUUUAAAAUGUUGCAGUAGAUUACAUGCAGUUUAUUUUAUUUUUGUCCAUUGUUCACUCAGAUAUCACUGCAGUUUGCCAUUGCGAUGCAAUAACGUGUUUGUUUGUGGAGCAUAUAACGUGAGAUAGGUUCCCCUCAUUGGUAGAUAGCAAAUGUAAUUAUUUAUUUUCUGUGACAAUCAUCCUGUACACAAAACCUGUGAGUUCAUGCUGGAAUCGUGGUCUGCAACUUCUGAGAAAUCUUAAAAUAUUUUUUAAAAAACACAUAAAAACCUCUUGAUUGCAGUUAACUGUAGCAUUUCUAAAAUAUUAUUCUCGGUUGGUUGUUUGUUUUAUCAUUUUUGUUAAAAAUGAAUAUACGGUACCAGUCAAAAGUUUGGACACACCUUCUCAUUCAAUGGUUUUUCUUUAUUUUUAUUUUUUUCUACAUUGUAGAUUAAUAUUGAAGACAUCCAAACUAUGAAGGAACACAUAUGGAAUGAUGUGGUAAACAAACAAAUGCUCAACAAACCAGAAUAUGUUUUAUAUUUUACAUUCUUCAAAGUAGUUGAAUGAGAAGGUGUGUCCAAACUUUUGACUGCUACUGUAUGAAUGAUGAUUUUAUUUUUGCUUUUUAUUCCAAGUACUGCAUCUCCUCGUGCUUUGUCAUUCAUUUACAACAAUUAUUACCACCACUGGUUCAUGGUCCCCAGUGAAUCAUGCUUUACCAGUCGUGUACACUUAAUAUUGUCAA